AUGGAGGAUACCUUAUAUUACUCCAACCAUCACACUAGAUACAUUUUCCCAGAUGAACUAACUAAAUUAGCUCAAUACAUUUCAGACAUCGAAUGUAGAGCUUUUGGUUUAACAAAAUUGCAAUGUCAAAUAUUAGUGUACGAUUUUGCUGAAAAUAACGGUAUUGCACAUCGUUUCUAUAAAAAAGUCAAGGUUGCUGGUCAAGAAUGGCUCAAGAAGUUUAUGUGUGAUUUUGGUUUCAGCUUUAAAACACCUGAGUCUACAUCAGUUGGUCGUUUGAUGUGUUUUAAUAAAACAAACGUUGACUUUUUUUCUGCUUUAAAAGAAAUGAAAUUGCAGAAUAAAUAUACGGCACAUCAAAUAUAUAAUGUUGAUGAAUCAGGGUUAUCAACUGUGCCAACUAGACAACCUAAAGUAAUUUCUCCAUUGGGCACAAAACGUGUUGCAAAAGUUUCAUCUGGCGAAAGGGGAAAGAAUGUAACUGUUGUAUGUGGUAUGACUUCAUCAGAAGAUUAUAUUCCACCUUUUUUUAUCUUUCCACGAAAACGUAUGCGUCCAGAAUUUAUGGCGGGAUCUCUCCCAGGCAGUCAAGGAAUAGCACACGAAAGUGGGUGGAUGACAAGCGAUAAUUUUAUUUUACAUCUGAACCACUUUGUCAAAUAUGCAAAACCUAGUGUUGAUAAUCCUAUUUUAUUAAUUCUUAAUAAUCAUGCUUCACAUACAUCAUUAGAAGCAAUUACGUUUUGCAGAUUACAUUUUAUAACUAUGCUUGGUUUUCCACCACACACCACCCAUAAAUUACAGCCGCUUGAUGUUGCUUUUUUGGUCCUUUAA